CUGUUGUCGAUUGCACGCGAUAAGCACUGGAAGCGAAGGUACAGGCUCGUGCAGUAUAACGUCAUUUCACCGGUUAGUUCACCUGUACCUUUUCUUCUGCCGGAUCGAACGUAAAUCGGCCGUCGAGGGACGGAAUGGCGUUAUCUCAGAAUACGGCCACAAAGCGGAGGGACAGACGAGAGACCGACGACUUGGUUUUGUCAAAAGGGGAAGUGAACGCUAAUGCUACGAACCUCAAAGCGUUGAAAGAUAGCCAUCAUGCUGCAGGGAGCUCAACACGGAUGUCCCUCUUCAUUCUCGUUGCUAUUUUCGCCUGCUCAGCCUCAAUUAUGUACCUGGUCUACAGGAACUUCCCAGAGCUUACAGAUGAUGAAAUGAAGAAAAUCAAGAUACCCAAAGACAUGGACGACGCCAAAGCUCUGGGAACUGUAUUGUCCAAAUACAAAAACACUUACUACAGCCAGGUGUUGGUGGCUUAUUUUGCAACAUAUGUUUUCCUUCAGACCUUUGCCAUCCCCGGAUCAAUUUUCCUCAGCAUCUUGUCUGGAUAUCUUUACCCUUUUCCCUUGGCUCUCUUCUUAGUCUGCUUGUGCUCUGGUUUGGGGGCUUCCUUUUGCUAUAUGCUGUCCUACUUGGUGGGCCGACCCAUGGUGUACAAAUAUCUCACGGAAAAAGCCCAAAAGUGGUCACAGCAGGUGGAUAAACACAGACACCAUUUAAUAUAUUACAUCAUUUUCCUGAGGAUAACUCCCUUUCUUCCCAACUGGUUCAUCAACAUCACCUCACCUGUCAUCAAUGUGCCCUUGGGGGUAUUCUUUGUUGGAACCUUUUUGGGCGUAGCGCCACCAUCUUUCGUAGCCAUCAAGGCGGGUACAACACUGUACAAACUGACCACUGCCGGCGAGGCCGUGUCCUGGAACUCUCUGGCUGUGCUCGCCGUGCUCGCUGUGCUUUCCAUCCUGCCCGUCUGCUUCCAGAAAAAGCUGCAGCAGAAACUAGAGUAGACCACAAAAGACCUCAGCACCCGAUCUGCAGUUUGACCGUGAAUAACAGUAACAGCACCCCCCCCCCUCCCCCAAACAAAAAUCCUUUAUCCUCAGGAAUGUGUACCUGUCGCUCACGAUGCUCUGCAUCGGUCACAACUGCAUGAAGUCCUGGUGGAGGUUCUCUCCUGCUGAUGUCACGACAAACAUGGCUCGACCGCAUGGUGCACACAGUGGUGGCUUGCAGUUGCACACAUAAUUACCUGAUUGAUCGCGGCACAUCCUCCAGAGCCUCAAAAGGGACAAUCAUGUUUCUGGGUCACUUGAGAAAUAUCUGUUGUGCACGACAGAGUUUCUGGCUUUCAUGGGAGAGUUUUUGGCACAUGUAAAACUUUCUGGGGCAUACAAAAUAAAACAUGACGAAAUGUACCAGAAACGUUAUGAUGCGCCCAGCAAAACUUGCCAAGAAAACUGUCACACAUGAGAGAGUUUCUGCGAUGUCCGAUAAACUUUGUGGCACACCCAAGAAAAUUUUGUCGAACUUUCUGGUGCGUACAAGAAAACUUUCCAGUGCGAUUGUAAAUCUUGUCAUGCUCACGAGAAAACUUUCUCAUGUGCACUCCUAAUCCUUUCUCAUGCCGACAAGAAAACUUGCUUUUUCCGAUGCGCAGCAGAGAGUAACACAGUAAAAGGCUUCUGGUGUGCACACAAAACACGCCUCCUAUAACAUGCUCUAUAACAUUUACCUAAGAUCAUUUAAGGGUGAUGAAAACAGCAUGACUUAUAGGAUGUUGUGACUGGACUAUAAUAUUCCACUUCUCUCUCUCUCUCUCUCUCUCUCUCUCUCUCUCUCUCAGGAGAGAGCAUUUUUAUUUUUUCAUUGUUUAGGAGAUGCAGUUUGUUUCAAUUGGCCACCUGUUUAAUUGAUGGUAGUGCUUCUGCUUGUUAAAAAUAACAUCACUUCAGAGCUAUCCACUAUUGUGGAAUUCCUCCUUCGGUGGAUGACAUCAACAUCUAUUUGUGGCACGUCAGCAUUCACUCCCUGUCAUGUCUUAGUAGUUUUUUCCUUGUUUUAUUUCUGUCUUUAAGGAAGCAAUAACUGCCACACUGUCACCGCCGUUGAAAGUGAAGUUCUGGUUUUAAGUAUCAUAUCAGGUGCUUGCUUAAUCAAAUGUACAGCACAGAGGAAGGAAUUAAAAUGUAUGGCAAAGUAAGCAAGUGCAUCUUUUGUUUGCGAUUCUACCUCUAAAUGCACCUGGAUUCAUGGCUACAUACUACCUUUAGUCAAGUCACUAUAAUACUCCUGUGCACUGCCAAUUGAACAUUUGCGUUGUACUUGGUGCAAAAUGACACAUUAGUAUUUUAAGUCCUAGAAUUUUCCCCAUCACAAGGCUGACAAAAUUAUAAAUUUUUAGUGUUUUUGUUUUUUCUUUUUUUAUGCAUUUGAUCUGUACAACAGUAAAACUGAUGAAGUACACAGAGAUAGAUACCACAUUUUUAUAUUCCAGAAUAUUUUGAAUCUUUUUCAAGAUUUCUAUUUAGAGAGUUGUCAUGAGUUUUUGAUUCAUUUUGGCCAAUGAAAUGUCUUCAUGCAGCACAGAUUUCUGCUAACUACUUUAAGAGCUUCCCCAAACUGGAUUUUGAAUGACUGCAGUCACUAAACAAAUAUCUGUAGAUAAACUACUUGUUGUGUGUAAAUUUAAUAUAUGAACAUUUUUUAUCACACAUGUUCCUCAUCAAUGUUUUGGGAUUUGUUUUGUUUCUCACUGUCUUAAGAAGGAUGCUUUAUUUGACAGGGUAAUUCAAGUGAAUGAAAUGUCUUAAAUAAAUUCUGCCUCAAUAUAUCA